AUGCCGUCAUCUUUCACCGCUUACAUAAGCACAGUGGAGGGUCCCACGGUUUUGGGCUUAAGAGUCCAGUGCAGUGCUGAAGUGAGAGUGGGCGGCAGGCGGGCGCCGGUGCACGGGCGCCGGGCGGAGGAUGUACCGGGCGCGGCGGGCGGCUCCCCGCGGCCGCCCCCGCGCCCCGGGCGCCGGACCUUAGUGCUGGCGGAGGAGGCGGCGCGCGUGGGGCGGCCGGGCGGCGGCGGUGGCGGCGGCGGGGCCCGUGCCGUCAAGCCGUGGCUGAGCGGCGGCCGGCGGCGGCGGCGGCGGGGACAGACGCGCGAGGCCCCGCGGGAGCCGCCGCCGCCCGCGCAGCCCCAGCGGGAGCCGCCGCCGGCCGCGGCUCCCACCGCGGUCCCCGCGCCCCCCGCGCCCUCCGCGCCACCGCCGCCGCGGGCCCGAGAGAGCGCCGAGCUGCCGCUGCCCGCUGGCUGGGAGGAGGCGCGCGACUACGACGGCCGUGUCUUUUACAUAGACCACAACACGCGCCAGACAUCGUGGAUCGACCCGCGCGACCGGUUAACAAAGCCAUUGACCUUUGCUGAUUGUGUUGGAGAUGAACUUCCUUUAGGAUGGGAAACUGUAUAUGAUAAACAAGUUGGAAUUUAUUACAUGGACCACAUAAAAAAGCUUACCCAGAUUGAGGACCCCAGAGACCAAUGGAGACGAGAGCAGGAACGGAUGCUGAAGGAGUACUUAAUUGUAGCCCAGGAGGCUCUCAAUGCCAAGAAAGAAAUCUACCAGAUUAAGCAGCAGCGGUUCAAGCUGGCUCAGGAGGAAUAUCAGCAGCUGCACAAAAUGUGUGAGGACGACACCUGCUCCUAUGCUAGCUGUGAGUUGCCUGGCUCCUCCAGUGAGCACGCACGACUUUAAGAGACAUCUCUGCUAGGUUAUCUGCAAAGCCCGAACUUCACUCUGGAGAGGCAGCUUCAUAAAGUUUCUAAUCACACACAGACAGGGGAUCAGCCUUCCACAUGGGAAUCGAUGGUCAUUCACUACCAUCCUUUAGCAAAUAUUUAUCAGGUUCCCACCUUGUGCCCAAGCACAGUGAUAUGGUGGAGCCUAACAGAGGAGAGGUCCCUGCCCUCAGGGAGCGUCCGAGCAGCUGGGGAAGGGAGGACAUAAACAAGCACAUUUCAGGUCAUGACACAAAACAAUCUUCUCAAUUUUUAAGUUUAUUGUUAUUAAACUGUAGUGCUUUAAAGUAUUUUAGUUUUAGAUGUACAACAUAGUGAUUCAAAAUUUAUAUAGAUUAAAUUGAGUUAAGUUACUACAAAAUAAUGGCUGUAUUUCCUAUGCUGUACAGUAUAGCCUUGUAGCUUGUUUAUUAUAUACCUAGCAGUUUGUAUCUCUUAAUAUUCUACCCCUAUCUUGCCUGUGCCUCCUGUCUCCCCCAGGUAACUACUAUUUGUUUAUUAUUUGUAGCUGCAAGUCUGUUUCUGUUUUGUUACAUUCACUAGCUUGUUUUAUUUUUAGAUUCCACACACAAGUGAUAAAAUACAGUAUUUGUCUUUCUGCAUCUGAUUUUUGUCAGUAAGCAUAAUAGCCUCUAGGUCCAUCCACACUGUUGCAAAUGGCAAAAUUUCAUUCUUUCUUAUGGUUGAGAAGCAUUCCCUUGUAUUUACAUGUAUCUUUUUCAUCCCUUCAUCUGUUGAUGAACACUUAAGUUGCCCCAUAUCUUGAUGACGGUAAAUAGUGAUGUUAUGAAUGUUGGGAUGUAUGUGCUUAUUCAACUUAGUGUCUGUUCUUUCCCCUUCCCUCCCUUCCUUCCUCCCUUUCUUCCUUCCUCUCUCCCUCUUUCUCUCUCUCUCUCCCUCUCUUUCUUUCUCCUUCCUUCCUUCCCUUCCCUUUCCCUUUCUUUUUUUCCCUGAACAAACAUCCCUAGAAGGGGACAUGCUGGAUCAUAUGGUAUUGCUAUUCUUAGUUUUAUGAGACCCUCCAUACUGUUUCCACAAAGCCUGAAUCAGCUUACAUUCCCACCGAUGAUCCACAAGGAUUCCUUUUUGUCCACACUCUCUCCAGGGUUUAUCAUUUGUGGACUUUUUAACGAUGGCCAUUCUGUCUGGUGUGAGGUGAUACCUCGCUGUGGUUUUGACUUGCAUUUCUCCAAUAAUUGGCGAUGGCAGAUGUCUUUUCAUGUGCCUGUUGAUCUUCUUUGGAGAGAUGUCUGUUUAGAUCUUGUGACCGAAUUUUGCUUGGGUUGUUUGUUUUUUUGUUAUUAUAUGAACUGUUUAUGUAUUUUGGAUACUAACCACUUGUCAGCCACAUCAUUUGCAAACAUUUUCUCCCUUUCUGUUGAUUGUCUUUUGGUUUUGUUGAUGAUUUCCCUUGUUGUGCAAAAGCUCAUAAGUUUGAGUAGGUCCCAUUUGUUUAUUUUUGCUUUUAUUUCCACUGCCUUAGCAGAUAACAUCCAGAAAAAAAUACCGCUACGAUUUGUGUCAGCGUGUUCUUCCUGUGUUUCCUUCUAGGAGUUUUAUGAUAUCUGGGCUUCCAUUUAGGUCUUUAAUCCAUUUUCAGUGUAUUCUUGGACACAGUUUUAGAGAAUGUUCUAGUUUCUUUCUUUCUUUUUUUUUUUUUUUUACGUGUAGCUGCCCAGUUUUCCCUGUACCACUAGUUGAGGAGACUGUCUCUUUUCAGUUGCACGUUCUUGCCUCUUUUGUUAUGGAUUAAUUGACUGUAAGUGUGGGGGCUUAUUUCUGGGCUCUCUGUUCUGUUCCAUUGAUCUAUGUGUUUGUUUUUGAGCCAGUACCAUGCUGCUUUGAUUACUGUAGCUUGUCGUAUUGUAUGAAGUCAGGGAGUAAGAUACUUCCAUCUUUGUUCUUUUUUUUCCCUCAAGAUUGCUGUGGAAACUUGGGGUCUUUUCUGGUUCCACAUAAACUUUAGGAUUAUUUGUUCUAGUUCUGUGAAAAAUGUCCCGAAUAUCUUGAUAGACUUUGCUUUAAAUGUGUAGAUUGCUUUGGGUAGUGUGGCCAUUUUAAUAAUAUUAAUUCUUCCCAUGCAAGGACUUGGGACAUCUUUCCAUUUCUUUGCAUCAUGCUUAAUUCAUCAGAGUUCUGUAGUUUUCAGAGUAUAGGUCUUUCACCUUCUCAGUUAAAUAUAUUCUUAGAUAUUGAAUUCUUCUUGAUGCAGUUUUAAACAGGAUUGUUUUCUUGCUUUCUUUUCCUGGCAUUUCAUUAUUAGUGUAUAGAAAAGCAAGAGAUUUCUGUAUAAUUAACCUUAUACUCUGCAGUCUUGCUGAAUUAACUUAUUCUAAUAGUUUUUUGUAUGGAGUUUCUGGAGUCCUCUCCAUGGACUAUCAUGACAUGCACGAAUAAUGCCAGUGUUAUCUCCUCCCUUCUGAUUUAGAUGUCUUUUAUUUCUUUUUCUUGUCUGAUUGCUGUGGCUAAGACUUUAAGUGAAGUUGUGAGAGUGGGCCUUCUUGUAUUAUAUCUCAUUUUAGAGGAAACACUUUCAGCUUUUCACUGUUGAGUGUGAUGUUGACUGUGGGUUUGUUGAAAAUGGCAUUUGUUAUAUUAAGAUAGGUUCCCCCUAAACCAAUUUGAUGAAAGUUUUUAUCAUGAAUGGAUGCUGAGUUUUGUCAGAUGCUUUUCCCUUGAGAUGGUCAUGUGAUUUCUGUUAAUGUGGUGUAUCACAUUAAUUGAUAUACAUAUGUUGAACCAUCCUUGUGACCCUGGAAUAAAUCCCAGUUGAUCCUGGUAUAUGAUCCCUUCUUUUAAUGUUGAAUUUGGUUUGCUGAUAUUUUGCUGAGGAUUUUGCAUCUAUAUUCAUCAAAGUUGUUGACCUGUAAGAAUCUUCUUCUUCUGCUUCCUCUUCUUCUGUUUUCUGUUUCUUUGUUUGUUUGUUUUGUAGUGUCUUUGUCUGGUUUUAGUAUCAGGGUAAUGUUGGCCUCAAAGACUGAAUUUGGGAGUGUUCCCUCCUCUUCAGUAAUUUGGAAUAGUUUGAGAGGGAUAGGGAAUAAUUCUUUAUAUGUUGGUAUGGUUCUCCCUUCAAGCCAUCCAGUCCUGGGCUUUUGUUUGUUGGAUGUUUUUAAAGUUACAACUACAAUUUUACUGCUACUGAUUAGUCUGUUAAGAUUAUCUAUUAUUUAUUUCUAAUUUUGUUAAUUUGGGUCUUCUCUGCUUUUUUCUUGGUGAGCCUAGCAAAGGUUUAUCAGUUUCAUUUGUCUCUUUAGGAAAAAAAAACAGCUCUUGGUUUAUUGAUCUUUUUUUUUUUUUUUGUCGGUAUCUAUAAUGUUUAUUUUUCCUCUGAUAUGUAUUAUUACUUUUUUUCUUUUGAGUUUGUUCUUUUGUUCCUAAUUCCUUUUGAUAGCAGGUUAGAUUGUUUGAGAUUUUUCUUUUUGUGGGGGUAAGCCUGAAUCACUAUGAAUUUUCCUCAGAAUUGAUUUUGCUGUAUCCCAUAGAUUUUUGGGAGGUUGUGUUUUCAUUUUGAUUUGUCUUGAGGUAUUUUUUUAAUUUCAUUCUUAAAUUUGUCAUUGAUCCAUUGUUUUUUAGUAGCCUGUUUAGACUCUGUGUGUUUGUUCUUUUGUCCUUUUUCUUUUUGUAUUUGAUUUCUAGUUUUAUAGCAUUGUGGUUGGAAAAAAAAUGUGAUAUGAUUUCUGUCCUCUUAAAAAAUUUGAGAUUUCUUUUGUACCCUAGCCUGUGAACUCUCCUGAAGUAUGCAUCAUGAUGUUUUUAUGUGGAAAAUCCUGUAGUUGUCUAUUAAGUCCUGCUGGCCUGUUGUUGCAUUUAAGACCACAGAUUCCUUGUUGAUUAUUUUUUCAGAUGAUAUGUCUCCUGAAGUAAGUUGUGUGUUAAAGUCUUCUACUUUGUUUUCAGUCUGUUUUGCCUAAUAUGAUUAUUACUUCCCCCAUUUUCAAACUUCCAUUUGAAUAAAUACCUUUCACUGCUUAAUUUCAGUCCUUGUGUGUGUCUUUAGCUCUGAAUUGAAAAUCGUCAAGGGGCUUAUACCUAUGUCCUAUUUUUUCAUUCAUUUAGCCACUUUAUGUAUUUUAUUUGUAGUGUUUGGUACAUUGGCAUUUACAGUAAUUAUUGAUAGGUAUGUACUUAUUGCCAUUUUUUUUCUUGCUUUUCAAAUAUUGAGUAGUUCCUUAACAUUUCUUUCCUUUCAGGCCUUUGACUAUGUUAUGCCACUCCAUUCUGGCUUGCAAAUUUUCUGGAGAGAAGUCAGGUGAUAGCGUUAUAUGCAUUCACAUUGGUGUAAGGAAGAUUUAUGUAUUUCUUUUAAUGUUUUACUCCAUUGUUUUUGAGUAACUGUGAUUCUAAAUAAAUGAAAAUUUGAGGGAAUUUUGACAGCUAUUUAAGCUGUAUCAGAAAUUUAUUUCUAGUUGUUUGCAAUUCUGACCAAUAGAGGAUUAAAUAAGUUUU